UGCCAACUUAAGAAUUAGCUAUGGAUAAUUUCUGGUUUGCUUAUGCAGGGAAAUUCUAUUUGAUUACUUUUGAUGGCUUCAUCUCAGUUGCACUGCAUGCUAAAAGAGUUGUUGGAAUCUAUCCAGAGAUCAAGAAUCCAGUUUUUAUCAAUCAACACGUGAAAUGGUCAGAUGGAAAGAAGUUUGAGGACAAAUUCGUGGAGACACUAGAGAAUUAUGGAUAUAAAGGGUCUUAUAUGUCAAAAGAAUGGCUUAAGCAACCCAUAUUUAUCCAGUCAUUUGCCCCAACUUCUCUCACAUGUAUUGCAAACCUCACAAACAUGCCAAAAAUUUUGUUAAUUGCUGAUCUGACAACAAGAACAGAGGACACUAAUCAGUCGUUCUUUGAGAUUACUUCAGAUAGUUACUUGAUUUUCAUAAAGAAGUAUGUGGUUGGAAUUGGACCUUCGAAGGGGACAAUUCUACCGUCAACAGAUAAUCACUUGAGUGAAACUAGUAACACUGGUCUUAUAGCUAAAGCGCAUGCUCAUGGCCUCCAGGUGCAUCCAUACACAUUUCGAAACGAGAACUUGUUCUUGAACUUCGACUUCAAACAGGAUCCAUAUGAAGAGUAUGAUUUCUGGAUAAACAAGAUUAAGGUUGAUGGACUGUUCACGGACUUUGCAGGUAGUCUUCAUAAUAUCCAAGAAUGGACCUCAGAGACAGGCAAUUGAGAACAUUAUUAUUAUGAUUUGACCAGUGAAGAACUUCAUAA